AUGCUGGUUUAUCGAACAUCUGCUAUAUCGUUUAACUCUUCACUUGCAUAUCAACUAACUCCGAAACCGAAUACUAGUGCUGGCGAUUGGUUUGCCGAAGGUAAUAAUAUUAAACCGACUGGAAAGUUCUUGCAGCCUGUUCUGAUGCUAAUGGAGUGGACGAAAAUCACUAAACGGUGA